AUGCGCCUUUCUCAGGCUUUGGUACUUGCGGCAUCUGCUCCGUUCGCAAUUGCAUACCCAAAAUUUGCAGCACCAGCAGCUGGAGCCGUCGAAACGGCUGGAACAGCAUUUACUGUUACUUGGGCAGAUAGUGGAGAUGCACCAUCGAUAGCUGAUAUUUCGACUUAUUCAUUAGCCGUCUGCGCAGGAUCUAGUUCCGGUGCAGAUAUCAAAGUGAUAACUACAGUAUCUGCUACCGUUAGCAUGGGAUCAACUCUUACAACUACCGUCACUGUACCAGCGACCAGUGGAGAGUCCGUGACCAAUGCAUAUUUCAUGAGAAUGAUAGCGACCGCCAAAGCUGGAGGAACAGUUACUGUUUACUCGGAUAGAUUUUCAAUUAGUGGUAUGACAGGGACCUUUGGAGCCACAUUCACAAUUACUGGUACUGCUGGUCCUGCCACUGUCAAUACCGUGGCAAAUACCGUGGCAGAUACCACUGCAGCGUCGUCAUCAACAUUGGCGGAGGGGGUUUAUGGCAUCCCAUUCCAAUCACAAACUGGUCCUACCAGAUACGCCCCAAUGGGUUUAAUGCCUGGUAGCAGUAUUACGGCCACCAAUACGGCACCUCAAUACCCAACAUCGUCCGUUUCUCUAGCCACCACGUAUUUGAGCUCUGCAACCAUUGCCACGACUUUGACACAAGCUCAAACAGCAUCCUUUGAAAGCCACGCUAAUACGGUUGCUGCUGCAUCAAUGCCUACUGAUGAUAUGGCAAAGUUCUUGGCUAGAUGGAAGGAUUGA